GUUGAGUUGAACGACGCGCAGUGACAUCUGGGCGUUUCGAGAUUCACGCAUCUCGCUUGGUGCUACCACGGUGCCAGGUGUGUUUAAACCUGUGGCGACGGAUGGGGUCGCGGUUGUCACUACAUCAAAACGCGUAGGAUCCGAACUACCACCUGGAACGAUAAUAAAUGACCAUUAAGUGAAUGAUACGAUAGAAAACGGCUCGUGUCGUCGUUAUGUUAGUCUAGUCACAGGUAUAAAGGCACUCUCGUUGACGCACUGUACGGUUUACGAUUCUAAAUCUCCGAGCAGAUUUGUCUCUCACGCAGUAUGGUGAGGUGAGUGGAUACCUUGUUUUGACUAUUUACAGCCAAAGGUUUCGGAAAAAAGAAAAAAGAACAUUUGAUAGGGUGAUGGGGAGGCUAACACGCAUUUAUGCAUUAAUUUAGACAUUGUAUUGCUUUCUUGUUUAUUGUUUUACGCACAUAGAACACUCGGAGUUUUGCAACGGACAUACUUUCAGUGGCACAGCCAGCUACUGGGGUGCUCGUACUGGUUUUUAUUGACAGUGGUGCUACUCCAGGAUUACUGUGGUUUAUUCCUGGACAAUAUUACAUUUAUUUACACAUCACCGGGAAUACCUCAUCCAUGACGCAGGCUGGCUCCCAAAAGUGAAUGAUCAAUUAUAACAGAGAAAUGAAACUCCGACCAGAACCAGGGAAUAACUCGAGAUUAGAAGUCUUUGUUCGACCAUAUUUGCUCCUGCUUUAGUGCUUGUGAAACAAAGCAAAACCAAACAGACAAUUUCAGAUCAGUGACAGACAACAUCAAAAGGAUACAGUAUGUCCAGAACGCUGAAAAAGAAGAAACAUUGGUCCAGCAAGGUGCAGGAGUGUGCGGUGUCAUGGGGAAGCCUCGGAGAAUUCGGCAAUGUGGUGGAGGUGCUGGGGGGUGCCGAACACGGAGAGUUCCCUUACUUGGGCCAGAUGAAGUUGGAUGUGAUGGUGUGCCACGUCGGGAGAAUGCCCUAUUUUGGGGACGUUUUGUUGGAGAUCAACGGAACCCCCAUCAGUGGACUUACAAACCGCGACACGCAUGCAGUCAUUCGCCACUUUCGGGAGCCCAUUCGUUUGAAGACUGUCAAACCAGGGAAGGUUCUGAACACGGACCUGCGCCACUACCUCAGCCUGCAGUUCCAGAAGGGCUCGUUGGACCACAAGCUGCAGCAGGUCAUCCGGGACAACCUCUACCUGCGCACCAUCCCCUGCACCACACGGCUGCCAAGAGAAGGGGAGGUGCCGGGGGUGGACUACAACUUCAUCAGCGUGGGAGACUUCCGUAUCCUGGAGGAGAGUGGCCUUCUGCUGGAGAGUGGAACCUACGAUGGUAACUACUAUGGGACCCCCAAGCCCCCAGCAGAGCCCACCCUGGUGCAGCCUGACCUGGUGGAUCAGGUGCUGUUUGAUGAGGACUAUGACAACGAGGUCCAGCGUAAACGGACCACCUCCGUCAGCAAAAUGGACAGGAAGGACAGUGUGGUCCCUGAGGAGGAGGACGAUGAUGAGAGGCCACCUCUGUCCAAUGGCCUCCCAGAGCAUAAAGAGGGGGCAUCAUGGAGGAAGGCGGUGCCCAGCUACACCCAGUCCAGCAGUGCAAUGGACUUCCGUACGUGGAGCUCUCUGCCACGCGACGACAGCCUGGAACCACUUCCUCUCAACUGGGAAAUGGCCUACACCGAGACGGGCAUGGUCUACUUCAUAGAUCACAACAGCAAGACCACCACCUGGCUGGACCCCCGCCUAGCCAAGAAAGCCAAGCCCCCGGAGAAGUGUGAGGAUGGAGAGCUUCCGUAUGGCUGGGAGGAAAUAGAGGACCCACAGUAUGGAACAUAUUAUGUAGAUCACAUCAACCAGAGAACCCAGUUUGAGAACCCAGUCCUGGAGGCUAAGAGGAAGCUGAGCCAGGAGACUACUGCCACUAUCCAGCAGGGGGCACCACCUUCCCCAGAUGAGCAGGUUGCAUCAGGCUUCACCCCAGACCCAUCCCAGCUGCAGGGAGAGAUGUUCCACACUGCUCUGAGGAAGAGCUCCCAGGGCUUUGGCUUCACCAUCAUCGGGGGCGACCGCCAUGAUGAGUUCCUGCAGGUGAAGAAUGUCCUCAGCGACGGUCCUGCCGCCAACGAUAAAAAGAUUGCCUCCGGCGAUGUGAUCGUGGAGAUUAACGGGACAUGUGUGCUGGGGAAGACCCACCCUGAAGUGGUGCAGAUGUUCCAGUCCAUCCCAGUGAGUCAGUAUGUGGACAUGGUGCUGUGCCGUGGCUACCUGCUGCCCCCAGACGUGGAGCCAGACAGUGAGGACCCACCUCCCCCACCUUCUCAGCCCCUGCAGGGGGGCGAGGUGGUGACGGCCGUGCCCCUCAUCAACGGCCAGCCCCUGCUGGUGAAGGGUGACGUGCUGCACGGCUCCUCCCAGGAGCUGCACUACGUCACGACCGACGCCAGCGGACGGCCCGUGGUGGCUGCCCUGCCCAACGGGAGGCGUCCUGAGCAGGGGGGAACAGGCCUGUUGCAGCCUGAACUUGUGAGUGUGCACCUGGUGAAGGGCCCAGGCGGGUUUGGGUUUGCCAUCGCAGACUGCCCCCUGGGCCAGAAGGUGAAGAUGAUCCUGGACGCCCAGUGGUGCCGCGGCCUGCUGAAGGGAGACGUGAUCAAGGAGAUCAACCGUCAGAACGUCCAGACACUAAGCCACGCCCAGGUUGUAGACAUCCUCAAAGACCUGCAGGUGGGGAGCGAGGUCAACGUGCUGGUGCUCAGAGGAGUGUUUCUCACAGGUCAGACAUCUCCUGUGAAGAGCCUGAAACCUAGGCAGGAGAUGACAGCUAGCACAGAGACUCUGGACUGUGUUACAGACUCUGUCUCCCAAGCCCUCCCAUACCAUUCCAACACCUCAACCCUGCGCAACGACUCACCCAAACGGGACGCCACAGAGAUGUACCUCAAGUCCAAGGCCCUGCUGGAGAGCAAGCAGCCUCACACCAAGGACUUGGAUGUGUUCAUCAAGAGGGACCAGGAGACUGGCUUUGGCUUCCGUGUUCUGGGAGGAGAAGGUCCAGAGCAGCCAGUGAGUACCGAAGUGUAUAUUGGUGCCAUCGUGCCCCUGGGUGCAGCUGAGAAGGAUGGGCGUCUGAGGGCUGGUGAUGAGCUCAUAGGCAUCGAUGGAAUCAUGGUCAAGGGCCGUUCCCACAAGCAGGUUCUGGACCUGAUGACCAACGCUGCCCGCAAUGGUCAGGUCAUGUUGACUGUGCGUAGGAAAGUCAUCUACAGAGAUAUGACUGAGGAGGAGGCAGGGCUCCACAUGGCUCCAGUGUUGGUCAACGGCUCCCCCAGACUCCCUCGUAUCCAGAUGCCCAGCGUGCUGGACCACGAGUCCUUCGACAUCACCCUCCACCGCAAGGACAGCGAGGGCUUCGGCUUCGUCAUCCUCACCUCUAAGAGCAAGCCCCCGCUUGGAGACAUCUCUCUCUUUGCAGUGAUUCCUCAUAAGAUUGGACGCAUCAUCGAAGGCAGCCCCACUGACCGCUGUGGCCUGCUGAACGUGGGCGACCGCAUCUCAGCGGUCAACGGGCGGUCCAUCGUGGGGCUGUCUCACAAUGACAUUGUUCAGCUAAUCAAGGAUGCUGGCAAUGCUGUCACCCUCACCGUGGUCCCGGAGGAUGAAUACAAGGGUCCUCCCUCUGGAGCCAGCUCAGCCAAGCAGAGCCCUGCCCUUCAGCACAGAGCUAUGGGUCAGAGGUCAGCCAUGCAGGAAGAGCGUUAUAACCUAGAUCUGGAGGAGAAAAGGGAGGGAGUCACCUGGGCUGACUACAAAACUCUGCCUCUGAGCGAACAGGGAACAAUGUGUGUUACAGGCCCCAAACAGGGCUGCAUCACGGUGGAGCUGGACCGGGGGUCCCGGGGUUUUGGCUUCAGUCUGAGGGGAGGGACUGAGUACAACAUGGGCCUGUACAUCCUGAGACUGGCUGAGGAGGGGCCUGCUCUGCUGGACGGGAGAAUCCACGUGGGAGAUCAGAUAGUGGAGAUCAAUGGAGAGCCGACCCAGGGCAUCACCCAUACCCGCGCCAUCGAGCUGAUCCAGGCUGGGGGCAGCAAAGUGCAGCUCUUGUUAAGGCCAGGGCAGGGUCUGGUACAAGACAACAGUAAGUUGGAUCCAACCAUCACUUCACCCACACGUUUUCCUAGAGAGGCGCUUGUCUCCGAAACGUUACUCCUCUCUUCUCCGUUCUCCACCUGCAGCUCCGUCUCAGGUUCCUACCCUUUCAUCAGUGAGACCCCUGACUGGAACUUCCUGUCUCCCCGAACACCCCACCCCCAGACCAGCAGGGGCACUGGCUCAGUGAAGUGGAAUGGGGAGCGGGCAGACAGGCAGGCAGACAGGCUCUCUCCCAUCACCCCUGAGCAGAUCAACCUCUAUAAGGUCAAACCAGGUCAUACCAGGUCUAAAGGCUCCAUGGAGUCCAGCAGCCCCCAAAAAAACAGGUGAAACAUU